AUGUCUUACAAUCCACAACUGCCCAUUAAUAUAGUGAUUAUAUCAGAUCUUCACAUUGGCAAUGUCUUUCUACGUCCCCCGGCCGAUUUUAACCAUCUGUCCAUCGAGCAGCUAUACAAACAAUAUGGUCGACCCACGUUUGAACCAGUUGUCCGUCUUGACGGCCAACCUCUCCAGUCUAGCAUACCAUCUAGCAUUGUCCCUCCGAUCUGGCUUGGAAAAGCCUCAGAGCUAUUCGCAAUUUCGGAAUCUAGACUCCUACUUGAGCAUCGAUAUAGCUCGCAUGCCCCUCUAUCUUUCGUGCCGCCUGAAGCCCGAUUUAAGCCAGAAUUGGGCCUUUCCUUCCCGGCUGACGUCUGGACUCUUGCAUGUUCUAUAUGGAUAAUACUUGGUCAGCGUCCCUUGUUUGAGGACAUACUUGCCACGCCGGACGACAUCACAGCGGAGCAGGUUGACACUCUAGGGGAAUUGCCUCUACGGUGGCAGAAGAAAUGGGAGACGAGGUAUGAGUAUUUUGAUGAAAGAGGAUUACCAAAUCAGGGUCGACAAGUAAGGUCCUUGGAUGAGCGCUUUAAGAAGCACAUUCAACUGCCACGACGGAAGGCUAUGGUCCCGGAAUUUGAUGCAGAGGAGAAAGCUGCUGUUAUGAAUAUGUUGCGACCAAUGCUGUCUUUUGAGCCAAAGGAGCGGUUGACCGCACAUGAAAUUCUAAAAUGUGAGUGGAUGGAAAAAUGGGCAUUGCCAGAUGAUAAGGAAAUUUGUCUGGAUGAGAGAGGAGGCUGCGGGAAAAGCUUAUAA